CCUGGACUGAGCAGACAAUGGUGCUCGAUACACUUCUAUGAGCCUUGCCCAAGAUCUUGACCUGCCCCACGAGCUCGAUUUUUUUUCCCUAAGGAAUUGAGAUUGCAGAUCCACGAGCUUCUGUUGGAAAACGGGACAAUGACUGCAGCGGACAAGUCAGACAUCGACAUUAUUGUCGGAGCACAAGACCUCGAAAGCUCAGCCAAUUCCGAGAAGCAAAGUCUUGAGAUCAAGCAAGAGAACAACACAAGUGCUGCAGUCCCACAAGAGAAGCAGGCCGCAGUACACAACGUUGGAAUUCCGAAUGGAGGUAUGCAGGCGUGGUUGCAGGUUCUGGGAGCUUUCUUCCUGUGGUUCAACACUUGGGGUCUGAUCAAUGCUUACGGGGCCUUCCAGUCCUUCUACACCGUCGACCUUCUUCAGGACAAAUCUCCGUCAGCCAUUGCGUGGAUCGGUUCCGUUCAGUCAUGUCUUCUCCUCCUGGUCGGUGCGUUGACCGGACCUAUUUUCGACGCUGGGUAUUUUCGUACUCUUGUCGUCGUAGGCUCGGGCCUGACUGUCUUUGGCAUGAUGAUGGCUAGCAUUGCCACAAAAUAUUGGGAGGUAAUGCUCGCACAGGGUGUCUGUGUUGGUCUCGGUGCAGGCUGUCUGUUCGUGCCGAGCACGGCCCUGGUUUCGACCUAUUUUUCUUCGAAGAUGACCAUAGCCAUGGGUCUGAGUGCCACAGGUAGUGGCGUCGGAGGGACAAUAUUGCCAAUCGUAUUCCACAGACUUCAACCUCGAGUUGGAUUUCCCUGGGCGACACGGACAAUUGCCUUCAUAUGUCUGGCGACUUUGAUUGUGCCAAAUGCUGUCAUGCGAGUCCGGAUGCUUCCACCACAACGCCGCAAACUGUUCGACCUGUCAGCAUGGAGAGACCCGGCAUACGAUCUAUACGUCCUGGGCUGCUUUGUGGCUUUUAUCGGCACGUUCACUCCGUACUUCUAUAUCGGUCUGUACGCAUUGAACCUCAACGUCACGUCUGAGACGACUGCCUUUUACCUCCUCGCAGUGAUCACGGCAGGGGGUGUUUUCGGCAGAGUGGUCCCAAACCUGCUAGCUGCCAAGUUUGGCAUGUACAAUGUUCUGGUACCAUGUGGCAUCUUUUCCGGCGUUAUGGCUUUUGCUUUCAUGGGGGCCAAAAGUCUGGCGAGCAUUAUUGUGGUCGCAGUACUUUACGGAGUAUUCUCUGGAGCAUUGUUAUCACUGGCACCGGCAAUCGCUGUGCAACUCGCACCGAACCGGGCCCUGAUUGGAAACAGGAUGGGCAUGGCUUUUGCCAGUGUUGCUGGGUCCUUCUUAGUCGGUAGCCCUAUUGCAGGAACAAUCCUGGAACAUCAUGGGUUUUCGGGGGCUUUUGCAUUUGCAGGUGCCACGUCAAUCGCCGGUGCUUUCAUCCUUGCGGCAUCACGGGGGUUUCAUGGAGGAUGGGGGAUCAUGAAGAAGCUGUGACGACCUUACCAUGAUAUAGCUGCUUGACGGUCAUGGAUUGGAUUUGUUCGGUUUGCUGGAUGACCAGACGAUAUCGAAGGUGUCAAAGUAUCUAUCUAGGGACUCAUUUCGGCCCCCACCACGAUUGAAUGAAGAAGGAUGAAACGUCACUAACAUGACAAGGUGCAUCCCCCAAAGUUUCAGUGUUAUGGACGCGAAAUGAUGGCGGGGCAACGCGUCUGGCGUCGAUCCGUUUUAAUUGACUGCAGAACCUUCCUUGUUUU